UAUAUGAGAAAAAAACAUUGUGACUGUGGGAAAAACAUUAAACCUGUAGUGUUUGGAAAAUGCAAACCUCUGUCAGAGUGCUAGUUCUGCAAGGUUCGCAGGAGAGCUUCUGUAAAGUUUGGAAGAUGCAUGUCCGGUUGGUGCCCAGUGUAACGAAAACAGUAAAAUCAGCACAGAAAGUGUCACAUGUGAUGAUGAAGCUGGAUCCCUCAAGCUUGUGGCAGUAGCAAGGGAAGCGCCAAUGCCUGAUGGUUCCCAAGUGUAUGAACUUGUAUGGCAAACACCACCGUCUGUUAUCUUACCAUCAGUAACUCUUCCUGAAAAUGGGGAAAUGCGUGAUGCAGACCAAACAUGUAUUAUGUCCCAAAGAAAAAGAGAGAAAAAGAGACCAUUUUCACCAGAUAUUAUAAUCCCAAGGAAGAAGAUUAUGAAAAAGAAAGUAACAAAGAAACCUAAAAAAUGUUCUUUUGUAGAUGAUGAUAUUCAAGAAAAGAAAUUUUCCUGUGAAAAAUGCAGUUCACCAUAUGUUGUAAAUCCAUUGCGUUCUCAUCCUGCCACUCAUAAGCAACGUGCACCUCGAAGGGUCUUUGAUCCUUCCACUCAGAAGAUUAUGUUGCUGUGCAAUGCAUGUGGCCUUACAGCACGUAGAAUUAACAAGAAAUCUGAGCAAAAGGAAACAAAUGAUCUCACUAAAGAAAAAGAAAUGUACCUAGAAGAAGCUGAAAGGUUUGCAUCUUCGUUGGCAUCAGACCUUCAAGAGGAUGAUGCUAGACGGCUCUACUGUCCAGCAUUCAAAACAAAAGCUUGCCGUUGUCUUCAGGACCACAUAAUGUCAGCAGGUCCAGAAGAAGUACGUUCGCGCUCACUGCAUUUAAUAAAUCUAAUAAAAGAUGCCAAACUGCUUGUCAAACAGAAGUGUACUAUUGUGGAGGAGCGUAGUGAUACACUGAAAGAAAAAGCUGUAAAUGGAUUUGAAGAAAGCAACAGCAAUGAGUCUACUGCUCACAGUGAUGUUGCAAAACUAUCAAACACAAGGCGUGGACUUUGUAAUCGACGAAGCAAGGCAUAUGAAAGUUUUGUGUUGAAGAAUAGACAUCACCUGAAAACUGAGCUACGUUUAUGUGAACGUGCUUGCCAGAGAGUUCUGAUGUACUCCAAUAACUUCCUACACAGGCAGCUGAAAACUUCACCUAACCAGAAUGCUCGGGUGGAACGGACAUUGGGGAGAAAUGCAAAAGGUCUUUUGCACCCCAUUUCAGAGAUAGCAUCACUAUCAUGCUGUGGUGAUGGAUGUGUGGCAUUGGCCCAUACACACCCUCGCCUAUUAGAAUCAUGGCGUAGCGAAGCAGCUGCUGGGCAACGCCGUGCUCGUCGAGCUCUUGCUGAAAUGCUCACCCCUUCUGGUGGCACCAAGGCAAACUGCUACAAGUUCAUUUCUCUUGUAACAGGUUGCAGCUAUACAACCAUUUGUCAAGUGAGUGAACAAAUGCGCAGAACGAAAGGUGACAGAGAGCCACAUGAACAUGGUCUGAAACGAUGGUGGCGUGAGCAUCGUGGGACAAAAAAUGCCAUUACACACCAACUUAAAGAAAGCAGUCCAAAACCAGCAACAGCAGAUAACAGUUCUUUGUCAGAACUGCAACAAGAAAGACAGAGAGUAGAAGAGCUAACUCAGGAAUUGCAGAGAACUCAAGAAAGGCUACAGCAGUUGGAACAGACAGCAAAGGUGCAUUUACUGUCGGAGUCUUAUGUUCAACCCCAACAGCAAAUUGUUCAUGUUGUUGAGAUCCCUCAUUCACAAGUGUUAACAGGAGAGACAGCAUCAGUACAAAUUUUAAAUGUCAGUGGAGAGUUGGAGACUCUCACAAAUAUUGGAGUCAGUCUUCCUACAAUGAGCAGUGUUGUUGUGUUAUCUGACACUACUAUGUUGCAUCCUGAUCCAGCUCCAGCAGCAGCAUUUGGAGGGCAGCUGAUACCUUCAGCUGAUACAGCUGGUGUCCUACACCAGUGUGAUGUAUCUCGUGUGCAGUUUCUUGAGUGAUAACAGAAAAUCCUUCAGUUUUCAAGAUAUAGGUUAACUGUGAUUACAUUUUACCAAAGUUUUAUUCACAAACAUGCCACAUGAAUUCAAUGUCAAAACUGAAGGCCUCAGAAAUGAAUAAACUAAGGACUAUAUGUACCAAAAUGCUGAAUAUAGAAGUGUUAUCAGAGGAGUGGAGGGAGUAAAAAUAAACAUAUGUCAUCCUAGUUCCCCCUAUAGUGACAGCAGCAAUAAGUUCCUUUGCUUCCAUACAGUGUAAUUACAUGUGUGACUUGAUGGCUCUGCAGGUAAGGGGCAUAUUAUGGCAUAUCUGUAAACUGAAGAGCAAGCAGGCAAGCCCCCACUCACUGUAACCAGUUAUGUCAAGAAGCAUGCAAAAUUGCUAUACAGUUUCGAUUUCACAUUGUACUGUAGGCCCAUAAGUAACUUGCUGGGUAACCAUUUUCCAGGUUAUGUGAAAGCAAAGUUCAUGCCCAGUAAAGAGCAUUAUUGGUUUCAAACGUAUCUGUGGGCUGUGAAACACUGUCAGCCAUUGAUAGUGUGCUUCUGGGUGUUCUCCUGAGUUGUUGAUUCCAUUUUAUGCAUAGUAUUUCAAUGACAGACCCAGCCAUUAUCUUCAGGUGCUGCGAGUACACGUAACAGUAAUACUGGUCACACACUUUUAUUUGGCCCCUCAGUGAUCGGCGCAUGUCGUCUGACUUCAUGCCACUCCAGAAUGUUUACACUCAUUGCCAACCUUAAGUACAUUAUUUACAGAAAUGAGCAAAGAGCUUGUUCUUGGUCCUUCUAGUGACUCACGCCGGCCGGAGUGGCUGAGCGGUUCUAGGCGCUGCAGUCUGGAACCGCGCAACUGCUACAGUCGCAGGUUCGAAUCCUGCCUCAGGCAUGGAUGUGUGUGAUGUCCUUAGGUUAG